AUGUCAGCUCCCCAGUGGGGUGUCCCCCAGCUGGUUAAAACCGCAGGUCCAGAUCCCUCCUGGAACUGCCUCUUUGGCUUCCACCCUCACGGGGUCCUGGUCAGAGGGGCCUGCAGCAACUUCUGCACAGAGGCCACUGGCUUCUCCCACCUCUUCCCUCACCUCCAGCCCCACCUGCUCACGCUGCCCUGUUGGUUCCAGCUCCCUGUCUUCCGGGACUACAUCAUGUGUGCUGGAUCAGUGCCCUCGGACAAGGCCAGCGCCUCCUAUCUCUUGUCCCUGCCUGGGGGCCUCCUGGCCGUGGGAGGGCCCCUGGAGGCGUGGGAGGCAAAGCCCGGAGCGCUGAGCUUGCGAAUCCGGAAUCAGAAGAGAGUUGUCAAGUUGGCACUGGAAGUCGGAGAGAACUAGCUCAUCCAGCAGUUUCCGAACCCGCCGGGCUCAUGGGUGCGAAGGACACAGGAAGCGCUGCAGCCACUGCUGAGAGUGGCCCUGCCGCUGUUCCACGGCCUCCGGGCCCUCCUCCUGCCCUUCCGUACGCCCAUCCACACCGUCGUGGGGGCCCCGAUCCCGGCGCAGUGAACCCCGCGGCCCAGCCGGGCGCAGGUAGACGCGCAGCACGAGGUCUACUUGGAGCGGCUCAAGCAGCUGUUGAAAGAGCACAUGGCGCGCUCUGGCGUCCCCGCCGACAGGCACCUCCCCCCACCUAGACGCGCCGCCGGCCCCCACCGGUGCCCUCGGUGA